CAAGAAACUAAAACUAUGGGGGUUGAAAUCCAUAUUUCCAAGAGUUCAGUUUCUUCUACUUUCGACUCCGUCGGUUUUGUCUCGUCUCUGUUGAAACAGAGAGUGUCCGAGCGAGGAUGUGGAGGAGUCGGAGCUUCAACUUGCGCUGCAGCUCUUCGAUUUCAAGCCGGUAGUCAUCAUCAAGUUGUUGCUCCUCUGCUUCGCGAUGACCCUCAGGUAUGCAAUUUCACGGCUGCCAGAGCUGUCAAGCACGAAAUCGAGGGGCCGAGAACCCUUGAUGAGGUUCUGAAUUGCUUCCAUAGCAUGACCCUCAUUCAGCCUCCGCCUCAUGUUUUUGAGUUUUGCCGUCUCUUGGGAGCAGUUGUGAGGAUGAGGCACUACUCCGCUGCGAUUAGUUUGAUCGAACGCAUGGAUGUGUUAGGGCUCGCCUGCCAUAUCUUUAUCUGGAAUAUCUUUAUAAAUUGCCUCUGCCAUCUCAAGGAAGUGGAUCUCGGUUUCUCUGCUUUGGCUAAACUGAUCAAACUUGGGCUUCGACCAGAUUCUGUCACCCUGAAUACUCUGGUCAAUGGGCUUUGUUCCAAAGGUAUAAUUUCUAGAGCAGUGAUGCUUGCUGAUGAGAUGUUGAACUUUGGGUUCGAGCCCGACUCAUUCACUUGUGCAACAAUUAUAAAGGGUUUGGUGAGAAAUGGCACGACCGACCUUGCCGUCGGAUUGAUCGGCAAGUGGGAAAAAGUGAGCGGCAGCCUGGACUCAUUUGCUUAUAAUGCCACCAUUCAUGGGCUAUGCAAGGAGGGACGAGUAAUUGAGGCUUUCAACCUCUUUAACAAAAUGGUUCCCCAAGGCAUUCAACCCGACAUUGUCACUUAUAACUCUCUUAUUCACGGUCUUUGUUGUGCGGUCCAGUGGAAACAGGCUGUCCUCCUGUCAUAUAAGAUGGGCGGUAAGGAUUUUGCACCAUAUUUUUUGACUUAUAACUCCUUGCUGCAUGCUGUAUGCCAGCUAGGUCGGUGGAAAGAAGCCAGCACUCUGUUGAAACAAAUGGUGGCGGAGGAGAUCCAACCAGAUGUCGUUACUUAUAACACUUUGAUUUGGGGUCGGUGCAACUUGGGCCAAUGGCAUGAGGUCCAGAUACUGUUUCAGGAGAUGGUGCAGAGGGGAAUACUUCCGAACAUAAAUACAUUCAGUAUUUUGGUGGAUGCAUUCUGUAAAGAAGGGCAACCUUCGGAAGCAGAACACGUCUUCGAAAUGACAGCCCAGAAAGGUGCGGAGCCCAAUGUAGUCACGUACAAUUCAAUAAUUGAUGGCUAUUUCCUUCAUAAUCGUGUGGAUGCUGCUGCUAAGCUAUUCGGCCUGAUGAUUGAACGGAAUUAUGCUCCUAAUGUUGUCACUUAUAAUGCAUUGAUCAAUGGAUAUUGCAAGUCCAAACAAAUCGAUAAAGCAUGGCUUCUAUAUCAAGAAAUGCUUGACGAGGGUUUGAUUCCUGAUGUGGUGACGCACAUGACUCUCAUCAGGGGCUUCUGCCUCGUUGGGAAUUUGCAUGCUGCAGAGCAGCUAUUUGAGAAGAUACAAUCUCCAAACGUCCAAAGUUACGCUAUUAUGUUAGAUGGCUUGCGUAAAGCAAAACAAAUGGACAAGGCAAUUGCGAUGUUUCAGCAAAUGGAGAAUCAUAAGUUGGAGCCUAAUAUUGUGAUUUACAAUAUACUUAUCCAUGGUCUAUGCACUGCUGGGAAGCUUGAUUCUGCAAGAGAACUCUUUGAAGUUUUGUCUGAAAAGAAAAUUAAACCCAAUGUCAAGGCUUUUACCGCAUUGAUAAAUGGAUUGUGUAAUGAAGGUCAUAUAAGUGAAGCCUUCAGAUUGUUUAAUGAGAGGGAAGGGAGGGGAUGUGUCCCGGAUGUAGGCUCAUACAAUGUCUUGGUUAGAGGAUUCAUUAGGAUUGGUGACAAGUUAAGGGUGGAGCAGUUGCUAUGAGAGAUGAAUCCGAAAGGUCUCCCUGCAGAUGCAUCAACAGCCGAACUCUUGCUUGAUCUAUUAUCAGAUGAUGCAUCGAUUCUACAACUAUUACAUGAUAUUUCAUGAAUCUGGAGGACAUCUUCUGGGAGCGUUACUCAUUUGGUAAAUACUGAAAAAGAGGAAUAAGAAUUACUGUCAAAGCUAUGUCUAGGGGAAGUAGGCAGCUUCAUGGGGUUGUAGUGUGGAAGAAAAUCUCCCAGGGGUGGGACUCUUUUCGCCCUCUUCUCAACUUCAAAGUCGGUGAUGGGGCAGCCAUUCGAUUUUGGCAUGACCCCUGGUGUGGAGAUGUUCCACUGAGUAUCCUCUUCCAAGAAAUGUUCAAUUUAGCAAGGGACAGGGAAGCAAAAUUCAAAAGUUGCUGGAGGGAGGGUGUCAAUGGGGUUGUUUGGGAUGUGCAGUUUGUUCGGAAUGCUCAAGAUAAGAUUGGAACUGGAAGGUUUGUAGAGCUCUUAGAACUUCUUUACAAGGUCCAACCCUCGAAUUCAGCAGCAGAUAAGCUGGUUCGGAAGCAGAGUUCUCGGUUAGAAGCCAUUAUUGGCAUUUACUCAGUACAGAGACAUCUGAGGGGUUUCCGCAGUUUCCAUUGAAGGUUUGCUUUCUUUGUUUGGGAAGCAACUUGGGGUCGUAUCUUAACUAUCUACAAUCUCAAGCGUCGGGACAAGUGUUUGGUUAACCGGUGCUUCCUCUGCAAGUUGGAAGAAGAAUCUGUUAACCAUCUUCUUCUUCUUCAUUGCUCCUGGACCCGUAAAAUGUGGGCCGUGGCUUGGAAUGUCUGGAUUUGAGUUGGGUGACAGCUGCCACGGUUGAAAGUGAAUUGACAGCUCGGAAUGGUUUUUGUAUUAGCAAGAAGAAGCGAGAAGCGGCGAGUGAUCAACAUAAUUCCUCUUGCCAUCUUUUGGAUUAUAUGGCAUGAGAGAAAUCGUCGGGCUUUUGAGGGAGUUGAAUCCCCUGAGCAUUUGUUCAUAGAUAGAUGGGUUACGGCUCUAUAUUUUUGGUAUAGACAGGUGUAUAGGUGUAUAUUAAUUCCAUCCACCAAAUCACUCUCUUCUAUCUCUGACCAAA